UAAUGGAGAAAAGAUAAUGAGUGAAUAUGAUUUGGAUUGAGUGGAAGAUGUUAUAUGGCGGGUAAUGGACAGAAGAGAUGAGAUGAGAUGGCGAAGGUAUUAUUAUUAGUACCGUUAUUGGUUCCAACACGGAAGAUAGAGUGCCUUUCAAAUUCAUUCAAACCCCAAUUCUGUGUUCGAUGCUGUAAUAAUAAUGAUGAAGUUAACAAGAAGAAGAAGAAGAGGUUAUCAGAGCAGUCUUCGUGGGAAGCGAAGGAUGGUGAGGGUAAAGACUAUCUGUACAGGCUCGGUAAAGAAGCUGAUAACAUGAACAUCGCCGUUGGUCAGCGUUCCGGCCUCAUCGAUGAUCUUUUUGCCGGCAAUUUUCUCGGCAAAGACUCGGACAUUGUGUUUGAUUAUCGUCAGAAAGUCACCAGAUCCUUUCAAUACCUUCAGGGAGAUUAUUACAUCGCACCUCUUUUCAUGGACAAAGUUGGUAAUUUCCCUCAAAAUCGCUCAUUCUGAACAACGUGUUGUGCAACAUGCAUUCACUAUCAGUACUAUACCAGGUAUUUGGGGAGGUAAAGGGCAAGGGAAAUCAUUUCAAACAGAACUUAUAUUUCAGGCCUUGGGAGUUGAACCUGUAAUUAUGUCUGCUGGGGAGCUAGAGUCAGAAAGAGCUGGAGAGCCAGGAAGAUUGAUUCGUGAACGCUAUAGAACAGCUUCUCAAGUGGUCCAGAAUCAAGGAAAGAUGAGCUGUUUAAUGAUCAAUGACAUCGAUGCUGGCCUUGGUAGAUUUGGGAAUACUCAAAUGACAGUCAACAACCAAAUUGUUGUUGGGACUCUUAUGAAUCUAUCGGACAAUCCCACAAGAGUUAGUGUUGGUCAAGAUUGGCGAGAAUCAGAUGUCACAAACAGAAUUCCAGUCAUUGUAACAGGGAAUGAUCUUUCAACUAUUUAUGCUCCACUAAUACGUGAUGGAAGGAUGGAUAAAUUUUACUGGCAGCCCAUCCGUGAAGAUAUACUGAAUAUUGUUCACCGAAUGUAUGAGAAAGAUGGCAUAUCUAGGGAUGAAGUUGAAAAAAUUGUGGACACUUUCCCUAAUCAAGCAUUGGACUUUUAUGGAGCUCUAAGAUCGCGUACAUAUGACAAAUCUAUUUUAAAGUGGAUUGAUGAUAUUGGAGGCGUUGAAAAUUUUGGAUCCAAAUUUCUCAAAAGAAGAAAAGACCAGAAUCUUCCUGUAUUUAUUCCUCCAGAGCAAACGGCAGAUGCUUUACUUGAGUCAGGUUAUUCUCUGCUCAAAGAACAACAGUUGAUAAUGGAAACUAAACUUUCAAAGGAAUACAUGAAGAACAUAGAAGACUAAUAUAAAGGAGGUUGGUCCUCUAGUGCAAAUCCUCAGGAAUUAUAAUUGUGAAGUUGCCACCUUCGAUGAGGUCCACUUUCGAACAGGCUGCAUCUCUUUAUCGUUUUUUCACUUUUUAUGCGUUAUUUUUCCGGAUAUAAUCCAUUUAAGACGAAUAAAUGAGUGAAAUAUUAUCCAACAAUAGUCUAAUGAUAUCAGGAAUGAAAUCUUAUGUUGUGUGCUGAAUUGUCCAAAAAAAUAACUCAAUAAAUUCUGAUUGAUUUUGGU